CUGAAGAACCAGGUGAUCGAAUCGCGAGAGGGUUACAGUGCGACUCAUGAAAUUUUCAAUAAUACGGAAUUGCCUUCGUCACAACUUAUCACUCGAUGUUUCCCAGUGUAUUCAUCAAGUUUUUUUUUCUGCGAAAAACUGACCAAGUUUCAAUGAUUCGGUCGCGAAGUUUGAGCAGCAAGAGUUGAAAAGUUGAGUGGAAAAACGAAAACGAGAAUUCAAGUGAAUUGCCGACAAAAUGACGUCUUUCGGACGUCACAAUUUGUGCCAUCUCUGGUCAUAGCAUUUUCGCAUGGUGAAAUUUAUAUUUUAUCUUCGUACACGACCUUCCCCAGGAUCGACUCUUUUUAAAAGAUAUUCACUAAGUUUUCUCCCCGAGGAAGAAGGAAAGACAAAAAAUAACUGGCACAACAACCUACAUGGAAAGGAAUCAGAAUCUUCGAAUAUACCGUAGGGUAGGACGAUCUGACGUUGCAUGCACCUUUCACUGGGUAUUGUUCAGUCGGCAAAGGGACCAAAUUUAUUGUUAUAAAUGCCAUUGGCAUUUUCCGUACGCCACGCAUAUCUCGGAUCUUCUGAGGACAGAAUGCUGAGGGCGCCACCUGAUCUCUAUAUCGUAGCGGCCUCAGAUCAACGCGAUAACGAAUCAGAUGUCGAUUGCUCCAGUCGUUCGCUUGCAACCCUCAUGGUCGCAUGGGUCGGCGCCGCCAUGGUUGCAUCGAUACUACUGCGCUGGAAAUACAUGUGGAUAGCUCUGACCAUUUUAACGCUCCUAUUUUUAUUCGCCUGCGGUUAUGCAGCUUGCAAUGCUCGAAGAGCUCACGAAAGGGCGAUGGCGAACGAAGAGAACCGAAUUUUCGAACAAAAUAGGAGACACAGGGACAUCCAGUCCGUUUCCGGUUCAGUGGACGAGUGCAGAGAGGCAACUGAACCACCGGCUUAUCAAUCUUAUUGGAUAACAGAUUUGCCACCACCGUAUGCGGUAGUGAUUGGAGCCGAAGUACCACCGCCACCACCUCCACCGCCGAUGCCGCGUUCCUCCAAUCCAGAGCCACCGUCUCCGACCAAUACGAAACCGCCGCCCUAUUCCGUCGCAAUACAAACCGAUCCGAUCGACGUUACUCAAGCGACGAGCUCGCCACUGCGCGUGAUUUUGAAUCGGGUCGGUUCAUCGUCAUCCGACCCUCAGAAUACGAGCAGCCGUCGUUCCGAGGAGCCAACGAAUUCACGGACGCCGCAGGUUGCUCCAGUGUCGACGCUCGCUUGGCACGAAGACAUUAAAGUCCCGAACGAACAAACGCUCCGCGAAGCCGCUGAAAAUUCCUCGAACAAUUCCCAGACAGCUUUAACCAGUGGAACGAUUUAUCUCAGCAAUAUCAUAAGUUGUACAUUUGCGAGAGGACAAAUAAGGCACAACGACGAAAGGCAUGACAACCUUCAAACGACGAUGACGAAUCCCACAGCCACUCGUGAUAGGCUCGCCGCUUAGCAGCUGAACAAUCAAGCGCAUUACUUCGCUUUUAUUAAACGCCCAUACUUUGUAAUAAACCUAAUCUCUCGCCUCGUCUUUCGCUUCAAAUGUGGUCGCAGUCAACAUGGCACGAAGGACGGAACCAACGCUCAAGCAGUCCAGGCUUUUGGAAGUUAUUCCUACGCUUUCGCCGGAGUGCUGGAGGAUAUUUUUUUGCGAAUUUCUACCAAGAUACACUUUCAUUUUGUAUAUAGUAUAACCUCAGUGAAAAUAGUUGGAACUUGUCUGUUCCAUUUUUUUUUUGAGAAACUCAACCUUCCAUUUAAUUGCCACGACGAUUGAGUAAAGCAAACAUCGCAUAUAAUGCAGUUCAUUCGAGGACAUAAAAUUCUAUGCAGAACGAUGCAUGUACAGAAAUUAUGAAAAUUGAAGAAAGAAUAAAUUCAUUCGAACUUUUUCUAAAGAAGUAUCAAGUUUUUGAAGCUUGAAUCAAAAUGAUUCUAGUACUUUUGAAGUGUUUAAAAAAAAAAAAUUUUGUGAAUAUUUCCGAAGGAAAUUAACCGAAAAACAUGGAAGUUUUCCAAAAUAUUUUCAAAGUUAACGAUACUAAAUAUUUAUGUACUGCUUAUUUAAUGUUUAUAAUGAAUAUGUAAAUUGUGACUUGAAGUAAAACAAUAGAAAAAUUGCAGUCGCUACUGUGUAUAGGCGUAAACGUUGUCUGAGUUUUGAAACCAAAAAACACGUCGACAGCUAUCGUUGGACGAUCAAGAUUCGAAAAACUUAGAACCAUUGCAAAAUGGGAAGCGUUGGUUCAAUAAAUCAAAAAGUGGUUGCAUGAGACGGUAACGAGGUGCGUUUUUUUUUUUUAUAGAAUGGAAACCGUCAUUCAGAGCUUGACUUUCGAUUCGUCAGCAACACGAUCGAGAAAUCGACUUUAUAAAAACGCUUUUCAAGCUCAGUUUUAAAAAUACGUUUUCUCAGGGAUGAUCCUUGCAGACAAUUUUUUAUUUAUUUAUCCAAAGCUUCAAGUCUAAUAAGCCAAAUUUCCGGUUUUGUGAAGUCAUUUGAUCUACGAAUCAGAUAAAUACUCGAGGGGAUUCUUCAAUAUACGAACAAUCCUAUGUAUUAAGGUAGAUCAUACCCAAAGGAUUGUAUUUUAUGGGUGUCUAAAUUGGAUCGAUUUUUACUCCUUAAUUAAAGAUACAAUCACUUUAAAUUAAUAUCAGAGUUUUUAAUUCAAAAUUGUAAAUAAUUUUUUUCAACUCAUCUUUCGGUGAAUGAAACUACAAGCCAUUAAUUGAACGGGGAUCCAUCAUUGACUGAACCCGAAAUUUUAUUCGUCCCUGGUGAAAAUAUAGUCUUUUAUGCGAAAAAUCGCAUUAGAAGAAACAAAAUGCCGGUAUAAGCAAAUAAGAGGUUAUACGAGUGCUCAUUACCAAUUUCGUUCAAUCUUUAACGUAAUAUAUUUUCAUUACUAGUAAGACAAUCGUCUCAAUUUUUCCCCAAAACUUCGUUAUAUACUUUAUUGUUAUUAUGUACUUUUUCAUAAACUUCGUUAAAAGCGUUCAUUCGUUAUAUGGAGAGAUAAACGAUUUCUCAGGCACAGUCCCUAUAA